AUGAUCCACAGUUUGACGCAGAGGUCUGGGUCUCCAAUUGUCACCUGUACCAGGAGUGUUCCCGGCAGCAGCAGCAGCACCUCCAACCCACUGCUCAGGGCCAAGAGCUCCCAGCUUCACGACAGUAGAGAAAAUCUAAACGGAGCUAAUAAUGUUGAAGGAAAGACUCGCGCUUUAGGAUCCCCACGUCUAGGAAUUGCCAGUUUAACAAAGACCGCUGAAUACAGGCCCCCAUCGUCCCCGUCCCAGCGCUGUAAAGUGUACACUCAGAAAUGUGUGAUGCCGACAACUCCGCCUCUGUCCUCCAACACUCUGGCCCAGGACGGCCAGGCCACAGAGGCUCAAGCCUCAGACAACAGCUUGGCUGCAGACAGUGGCCGCUCCUCCACAGACUCAGUGUUGUCCAGAACUUCUCCUGUCGGCAUGAGUCCUCACGUGAAAGAGAGCGCUCCUUCUCUGUCGGCCAGUCUGGGCUCCGCAGAGACACUGUGUGAUGAUGAAGUGCCCCCAAUACCCUUGGACAUGCACCGAGAUGGAUCAAGUCCAACUGUUGAUAUUCAAAAUAAGGAUGAAGUGUUGCACACAGCUUGUGAGUCGUAUCCUGGUGUUACAGCAAACACAGCUUCAGAAGAGCAGACUCUUGGUCCAAGUAGCAUCGUCAGCUUCACCGGAGACGGUGCCUCUCUCACUGGAACAGUCUCUCAAGAGUUCAAUGGGGCUGUUCAGGAAUACCACGUUCCCUUCACUACGUCGGGGGUGACAGAAGUUGUAGCCAUGGCUGAGGUUGCUAUGGCAAAGUUGCGAGUAGAAGGGGAGGCAUUGGCCACGGUGAUGCCCAGUCGGGCUUCACCAAUGUCCUCGUGGAUGAGUGAUCUGAGUAUGUGCAGUGAGGCAGACCAGUCGCUCCACAGCUUCAGCCAGUCUCAAAGCCAACAGGGAGAGGCCAUGGCUGAAGCUGAUGUUGCUCUUGGACCAGACGAGAUGGGCCAGGCACAAAAUGGAAUCAAAGGCAGCCUAAUUAAAGAGCCCAUCAAAUGCAGCACACCACUCAGUGGUUCAAUGUCCAGUGAGAUGAGCUUUGAAGAUCCCUGGUUAAAACGUGGCUUUGAAGAGAGCUCGCCCAAUGAGCUGGUCUGUGAAGUGAAGCCUGAAAAGAGAGAUGCGGGACAUUCUCAAGUCAACCAAAGUCCAGAGGGCAAGAGUGAGGGGCAGACUUUAUGUAAAGAUGGUGAGCACCAGAACACGUUUGGAAAUGAAGUUGUGUUGUCUCCAGAGUCCAUUAAACGAGUGGUGGAUGGUUGUGAGAUUAUGGCGGUUGUUGCUCAGGGUGACGGCCUCACCACUGUCUACAAUCCAGAUAUUCACCAGACAGCCAGUCUACCACGGGGAUGGCACCGCAUCAACCGCUACGACGGCUUGGAUUACUCUGAGUACACAAAUCUCAAGCAAAUUUCCUCGACUCCAUGCAGUCCACGUGCAACUCUUGACAGGCGGGGAUCCAACGGAAAAGUUGGACUUUUUUCCCACAAAAAAGGCGGAAUCCCUCCCCUGCCACCAGUGAGAAAAUCCAGCCUGGAUCAGAGGAAUCGUGCCAUCAGUCCACUUCACCACCCUGUUCUCCAGGAAGAAUCCUGUUUAGCUGCAGGAGUCACAAGGCAACGUGGUGCUAGCAUCGACAGUUGCAAACUUUUCAGCGCAAAAUUGGAACAGCUCGCCAGCCGGACCAACUCUCUGGGGCGAACGGGCUCUCACAGCGGCGUGUACCAUUAUGACUGCUUCUCUCUGGAGCGACGGGAGAGUCUCAGGGCAGGAGCCAAAGGGGACAGCGCGAUGCCUCGAACAGGUCGCAGCCUCAUCCGCACUGGAUCUCUGUCCUCCUCAGGCACCACCAGCCCGAGUCUCACUCCCAGCCUGGGGCCCAGCAGUGCUCCACAGUCACCAGCUAAAACCAGCUGCCAAUCGAAAAUCUCUGCUGUCAGCAAGCUGCUAAUGACCAGCCCCAAAGGCCGGAGUCUGUCUACUUCAAGCACCAAAACUCUAAGUUUCUCCACAAAGUCUUUAAACCAAUCCAGCAGUCGGAGCUCCAGCCUUCCACCCAACGGAAAGUCUCCACCAGUCCCAGCACCUGUUCAGCAGCAGGCUCCUGUCCUUGGACCUUGGUCUACACAGUCUUUGAGCCGCAGUCGAGGAGGUCUGGCUGCCAAACUACCUCUCAGAGCGGUCAACGGCCGCAUCUCUGAGCUUCUUCAAGGAUCCAGCAAGAUCACAGCUCCCAGAAAAUCCCAUCGCUGCAGCAGUGGCCAUGCCAGUGACAACAGUAGUGUUCUGAGUGGAGAACUACCCCCAGCCAUGGGUAAAACGGCGCUGUUUUACCACAGCGGAGGCAGCAGUGGCUACGAGAGCAUGCUCCGGGACAGCAGUGAAAACACAGGGAGCACCUCUUCAGCUCAGGACUCUCUGAGCGACCACAGCACUGCCACCUCUUCGUCCCGGCGGAGCUCCAAGAGCAGCAAAAAGAGUCGCAGCAACACAGGUCUCCAGCGCCGGCGUCUCAUCCCUGCUCUCACCUUGGACUCUGCAUCUCUUUCACCGUCGCACCGCUCCUCCAAACAGGCCAUCACCUCCUCGUCCUCCUCCUCCUCCAGCCCAGGUGCAUGCUGGGUGGACGGCCCACUGGGACCACAGUCCUCUACUAACCACCGCGUCCCAUCAGCCACGACAGAAACCUUUGAGAUCAAGGUUUAUGAGAUCGACGAUGUGGAGCGGCUGCAGAAGAGGAGAAGAGGCAGCAAGGACUUGGUGUGUGUGAGUGCCAAGCUGAAAAAGCUUGAAAACAGGCAGCAGCGCAUCAGUGAGGUCAUCAGCAAGUAUCAGAGUCUGAAGAAGGAGCUGGAGCAGACCAAGCAGCACCUGAUGUUAGGGCCGCAGACCUGGACCACCGAGUUUGAGCUGCAGCAGGUCUAUGAGGCGGACUCUCUGGAGUAUCUACAAGCCCUGGAGAUCGUCACUGACCGACUGGAGACCAGAGUGAACUUCUGCAAAGCUCACCUCAUGAUGGUCACAUGCUUUGACGUGUCAUCCAAACACCGAUAG